UCCAGGAGCCGUGCAGUAGUAAUUAGAGAGAGACUUUAAGUUCUGUGGAGGCGCGGGGCCCAGCGGCAGCUCACCGGAUGCCUCCAGGUUGUCGGGCGGCUCCCUCCGGCCCCGCGGAACCUGCAGCUCGACCGGUCGCGUUUCCAUGGGGACACUAAUUGUAGGCGGACGCAUUGGCGCGGCAGUUUAAUUCUCCGGCGGCGGCUGAUGGAGCGGGACGAGAUGGUCUUGACGGGGCUCAUCAGGAAACUCGGUCAUCAGCUGGCCGAGAUCAGGGAGCGCGCCCUCAAGAACAUUCUCUGCAAGGUCGAGCACAACUUACUCUCCUGUGAAGACCUGGUUCAGGAGAGGCUGCUUUUCCUCCGUUUGCUGGAAUGGUUCAAUUUCCCGUCUGUCCCAAUGAGAGAAGAGGUUCUCAGCCUGUUGAACAGAUUGGUUAAGCAUCCCCCCGCAGUCAAGCAUUUGGUUGACCUCCGCGCAGUCGAAUUCUUAUCUAAACUUCGUUCUAAUGUGGAGCCCAAUCUACAGGCUGAAAUCGAUGGCAUUCUGGAUGGACUUUUUGUUCUUCCUUCCGAAGACCCGACCCUAUACUCUGCAUCUUACCAAACCAAACAAACUGAAUUGCCACAGCAACCUGAAAUCCUCAGAGGCUAUUUCCCUCAGGACCAACGUGAUCCCCAGCAGAUGGAGGCGCCUCCAGGACCAAUGGUAAAUCAGACUGUGAAGUGUUUGAAGUUUUCUACAUUUCCUUGGCUGCCGCUCACUACAACUGAUAGACACGUUCUCUCCUCCAAUGAAAGCUCUCUAAGAAGUAGUAACCACACUUUAAUCUGGAAUACCUGUGAACUGCUGAAGGAUGUUAUCAUGCAAGAUUUUCCUGCCGAAAUUUUCCUUCAAAGGCCAAAAAUUGUUCAGAGCCUUUUGUCUCUGUUGAAACUGGCCUUCGGGGGAGACGGGAAGCACCGGCUGGUGUUCCAGUCCGUGUCCUGCUUGCAGCAGCUGUGCAUCUGCCUAAGAAGCAGACUGAACUUUCACCGUGACCCAGGCUUCUUCUCUAGUAAACAAGAUACAGUUUCCCAGAAUUCUUCUUUGUCUUAUUGUCAUGAAGCUAGAGUUAUUCAUCAUUCCCAGAAUCCUUCUCCGGGAAGCAGCAGCCCCCGGCCUUCUGUGGUGGGACGCACGGGUCAGCGACCCAGGGGAGACGGUCAGGACUGGGAUGCGGCGUCUUCCAGUGGAAGUAGUGGUCGUGCUCCGGUAAACUCUCGGGUCUCGGCGCCUUCACCUCUGGACCUGGUGCCCGUGGACCUGCCGGAGCUGGAGGCCGAAGACACGCCGGCGCUGCAGUUCCAGCAGCUCAGUCUUCCCCAGUUCUGCAUCUCGGUUCUGGAGUCGGCCGUUCCUCUCCUGAAAACAGGGAGCAGACAGAUGGUAAUUCGGGUUCUCGAGUUGCUUGCGGAGGACGUGAUUCUUGCUGGGGAAGCAGUCUCAGCGGACGUCUGGGGUGACAGCAGCCUUUUUGCUCUAGAUGCGAAGGAGAGACUGCGCGCGGCGCUGGCGUCCCUGGGGGAAGCCGUGUGCCACCACAGAAGCGGCGUCAGCGCGGACCACGCGGAGGCGGUGCAGGUGCAUCACCGGCUGGCCUUCGUGAGCGCGUCCCUGUUCGCGGUGCGCGCGCUGCAGACGCUCCUCCCGGCGGAGCAGGCAAGCCGCUUUUUACCGGAACCUAUGUCAGCAGCGUUAUUUUUAGUUUCUCUGGACAUGCCUAUUUCUUUGGAAUAUCCACAUAUUCACGAAGCUGUUGUGGCAUAUUUGGAACAGCUGAAUUCUGAAAACUACAGUAUUUAUAAACAAACUGCGGAGGCCGUUUACUCAAUCGAAUGUACCUGUAACUUCCUGUCUGAAGUUGGGAAGGAGGGAGAGAAGAACCUCUUAGAGUUAGUGGAGCUGGCAGACCAAGGCUUGCGAAGCUUUCCCUGUCAUCAGCAUCUGCCCCUAAUAAAGGAGACCGUCUGCAUGUGUUCAAAGAUCUGGAAAUCGGCACAGGCCAGUCCAUUACUUCAAGGAGAAAGUCAGAAGGUGUUGCUCCGAAUGUUGUCUCACCCAUUACUGCAAGUGAAGGUUGAAACUUACAACUGCUGUUUGGAAAUUAUUAAGGAAUGUUUAGGUGUCCAUAACGUCACUAAACCUGUGUCUUCACUUUGUAACGGAAUUCAUUUUCUACUUCACCCGAAAGUUCUGUAUGAAAUCUCUGCAUUUGGCCUUCAGGAGCCCAAAACUGAGGUGAAUGCUGCCGCCAAGGCCGUCCUGAUGUAUCUGCUGCAGGGGCGGCUGAUGAUGACCGCGGCCACCUGGAGCAAGUUUACUGAGUCCCUGUGUCCUGUCCUUCCCGUGCUGCAGGGCUACGCGGACACGGAGGACCCCCUGGGGAGCUGCGUUCUGCUGCUGAGCCAAGCAGGUCCCGACUCCAAGGAAGGGGCCCUCCCCGGCCCCGCGCACCUGAGGUCCCUGCUGCGGCUGCUGCUCGUGAGGAAGCCGGCGGUCCGUUCACUAGCAGUAAAGCUCCUAGCCCGUCAUCUUACAAUGGAGGACGGGGCGAAUGUAAAGCGUCCUUCAAUAGAUGCCCAGCUUCUCUCCAGGGUAACUAAUUUAUUCAUCGUAAAGAAACCUAUCGAACUCAAGUUGGAUGACAGGAAAGAACUGAUUAUUAAGUUGGAAGCUGUUGAAAAGGUGUAUGAAAUCUUUACCUCAGACGAUAUUGCUCUUGUCUUGAGGAAGUCAGCCGCAGAGCAGUUAGCGGUGAUCAUGCAAGAUAUUAAAAUGCAUGCUGUGGUGAAAAAGUUACACUUAAUUGACAAGAUAAUCGAGUAUUUAAAUGAAUGUGUAUGUCAGGAUGGUGAGGUUAUGGAGUGCUUGACGCAGCCGUGCCUCACGCUUCUGAGGAAGGUUCUCUGCGCCGACCCGGCCAUGCGCAUGUCCCUCGCACAGCAGUCUUCCCUCUUGACCGUGUUACUCAGAGUUUCCCUGAUAUUUCAUGAAGAUCGUACCGUUGUGACUGAGGUCGGAGCAUUAUUUUGUCUUCUCUUAUUUGAUGAAGUAUCAAGAAUGGAUAUGUGGUCCAUUAAUCCUUCCAGGAAACCUUCUUCACCACCAGUCUUCAGUUUGCCUGUUUCAGUGUUUAGAAGGUAUCAUCUCCCGGUGCUUGUAGCUGGCCACCAUGCCGUGAGUCCUUACUCCACAGUUGUGCCGUUGUCUGCGGAUUGUUUGGCCUUGAAGCCGGUCUCAGACAUGCUGCGAAUGGCGUGGAACUUGUCCUGGCAUCACGGGAUUGAUGGUCUUGUGAAGCACAUGAACUCUGAACCUGAAGUCAAAGAAUGUUCAGACGCGUUGAAGCUCUCCACAGAGGACACCCUUGCUCUGAAGGUGACACACACAGCUAGUGGCCUGAGGGACUGUCUCCGUUCCGUCGUGGAGGCUGCGGGCCACCGGGAAGUGAGGGCUGCCAUCACGAGGAUGAGUUUUUAUCUUCUGAAUGACAGAUGGUCUCUGAAGGGUGGCGCUGGCCCGUGUGGGCUGACCUUGAAGUCCUUGGCCUGGCACACCACUCUGAACAGGUUCCUGCAGGUGCUUCCUGCUGGCACUGAAGACGAGAAACUGCUGAUAGAUAUCGUACACUUUUUAAAUAAGUUCUUGAAGGAACAAAGAGAAAACUCGUCAGUGGAGCUUCUCAACUGGCUUCUAGAAUUACUUCUUAGACAGAGUCCAAACCCACUGUUAGACCUGCUGGUUCUGACAGAGUCCCAGGCACGAGAGGAAACAGAUGACAUCCGUACCGCCAUUAGACAACAGCUCCAGAAGGAACUGAUUGCUCUUUUCAAUACCUUGCUCCUCAAUUUCGUGGCAGUUACUGACAGGAACUGCUUGGAACGCGUUUCCGCUUUCCGGACGCAGCUGGCGCUGAGGCUGCUGCAGAGCCUGAGGGUCGCCGACGCGCCGCGCUUCUACGGCCUGCCUUCCCUCGAGAGGACCUUGCGGGCCGCGGCGCAGCUCACCGCGGCGCCCGGGUGGAGCGCGCGCUCGCCCCUCCCGGGGCCGCUGGAAACCUGCCGCAAGUACCUGGCAGGUCUUCUUGAGGUCAUUACUUCUUUUUACGUGGAGCGCGGCGGGAAUGCCAUGUCCUUUAUGGGCAAAGGCGUCACAAAGAGCACGGUUCUCUGCUUGCUUCACUUGUCUCACGAGAUGACGGCCCAGACCCAGAGCUCGGAGUGGAUGUCACUUUGGUUCUUGCCUUUGGGUCGUCACAGCGAAGACCAGACUCCUGCUCAGCAAGGGCUGGCUUGGUUGAUUCCUUUAUGGGUCGAUCGGGACCCAGAAGUGAGGUUCACUUCGCUGGGACUGGGAGCGGCACUGACCACCCAUGAAACCGGCUGCGUGGCCUUGGCAAACAGCUGUCAGAACAUAUCUGGUGGGCUCUGGGGGACCGUGGUGAACAUUCUCUUGGACCCGUCUGAAUGCAGUAUGGUUCGCAGGGAGGCUGCAUUUAUUCUGCAGAAUCUCCUUGUGAUUCCAAUGCCUUCGGUAAUUUUAAAGGAUUAUACUUGGCAGGGCCCCUGUGUCCACGAUGAGGACUCCGGCCUGUCGCUCGUCGGAAAACCUGCCCUGCAGGCUCUCUUGUAUCACUGCCGUUUUUAUGAACAUUUGAAUCAGAUGGUGAAACAUUGUUACCUGGAGCGGUAUACAUUUGAUUCGAAGUUUUCUGCCCUUGAUGGAACUUUAGAAGGCAGUGAUUUAAAUGGUUUGGAUGACUCAUUCAAGUUCUGGAGGGCUCCGUCUAGGUUGUCCAGUCAAGAUCAAGAUCCAAGUUCUCUCUCCACCAUGGAAACAAUGGUGGCAUCCUCGUCGGGAAGUGAACCUCCGCCGUUCGGGCCUUCAGCUGUGCCUCUCCCUGAGGCCUCACACGACCAGUUUGUGGCUCAAGCACUAGGUCCGCACGAAACCACGGCAGCCCGGCCCCCUCGUGACGCCUCCCCGCCUGCCCCCCUGCCCAGGCAGUGCAUGGUCACGCCGCCCCUGCUCUCGGCAGUGUGCGGCCUGCUGGACGGCCUGCUGGCCACGUCGCCGGAACACACCGCGCGCGCUCUGCGGCGAGCGCGGCUCGUGGAGCUGCUCUGCAGUGUCGCAGAUGCCGCCCUCCUGGAGAGAUGUGUCCAGGAGCUCAAGGCCCCACUGCCUCUGUCCCCUCCCGCCGAGCACACGCACGCCCAGGUGUCCUUUCUCCUGGAGUACGUGUCCUCUCUGUCCAGGCUCCUGCAGUCGUGCUCACUGGUGGACCCCGGCCUGGUGACACCGGAUGAGCUUCUGAGGCCCCUCGUCACAAACAUCGUCAGGGUCCUCACCAUAUGCAUCAAAGAUGUGUUAGACGCAGAGUUGAUAUCGGCUUUUUAUCACACGUGGACCCAUUUGUUCAACCUUCUGGCCGCACUCCUGAGGAAGGCGGCUCCUGCCGCUCUCCCGGCUGUGACGACGGUCCUGGCCAAGCACUGGGCGGCGGUGAUCGAUGCGCUGUGCACCUGCGUGGACGCGGCCCCCAGCUGCCCCGCCCUGUGCACCUCCAGCCUGCAGUUCCUGUCUGUCCUCCUGACCGAAGAAGCAAAGCGGCGGCCCCAGGAUGACGACAGAACAGACCCGUGCCCCGGCCCGUCCCUGGCGGCGCUCCUCGAUAAGACUCCAGAACCUCCCAAGGCUCUGGAACGGCUUACUGAGGUGACUCUUCAGUGCUAUGAAGGAAGACCCUCCAAGGACGUCCUGAAAAGAGUUGCUGCAAACGCGCUGAUGGCACUUCUGGCCGUCAGUCGGCGCGCGCAGACCCGGGCUCUGAAAGCUGACCUCGUGGACGGCUGCGUGGAGCAGAUGAAGCACAUCGACGCACAGCUGAGCCUCGACUCUCUCAGGCCCGGGAGAGCGGCCCUGAAGAAGGAGGACGGUUUUAUUAAAGAGUUAAGCAUUGCCAUGCAGCUUCUAAGAAACUGUCUUUACCAAAAUGAAGAAUGUAAAGAAGCGGCUCUUGAAGCUCGUCUGGCUCCUGUCUUGCACUCACUCUGGCCUUGGCUUCUGAUGGAUGAUUCGUUGAUGCAGACUGCCCUGCAGCUGCUUUGUGUCUACACUGCAAAUUUCCCAAAUGGUUGCAGUUCUGUGUGUUGGUCAAGCUGCGGACCAGUUCAUGCUGCGCACAGAGGGCCUCCCGGCGCCUCGCUGAUGGGCUGCGUCCUGAAGUUGGCCUCCCAGACGCCGCUCGAGAACGCUGCGGUCCAGCAGACGGUUUUUAUGUUUCUCUCAAACCUGGCCUUGUCUCCUGACUGUAGAGGAGCGAUUCAGAAAAGUAACUUCUUACAGAACUUUCUGUCUCUAACAUUGCCAAAAGGAGGAAAUAAGCAUCUCAGUAACCUGACCGUCCUUUGGUUGAAGUUGCUGCUGAGCAUAUCAUCUGGGGAAGACGGCCCGCAGAUGCUCUUGAGGCUGGACGGCUGCCUGGACCUGCUCACAGAGAUGAGCAGGUACCAGCACAAGGGCAGCCCUGAUCUGCCGCUUCUUAUUUUCCAUAAUAUUUGCUUCAGUCCUGCCAGCAAGCCCAAGGUCCUGGCUAACGAAAAAGUCAUCAGUGUGCUCGCUGCCUGUCUGGAAGGCGAGACUCAGCAUGCGCGGAGGAUUGGAGCAGCUGCGCUCUGGGCUCUGAUUCACAAUUAUCAAAAGGCAAAAACAACUUUGAAAAAUCCAUCAAUAAAAAGAAGAGUGGAUGACGCGUAUUCCGUAGCAAAGAAAACUUUCUCCAACUCAGAAGAAAACCCUCUAAAUGCCUAUUAUCUGAAAUGUCUUGAAAACCUCGUUCAGCUUCUUAAUUCUUCCUGAGCCCCGUGAGGGGCUCCUCCCGGAGCCCGGAGCCGGGGGGCCGCAGGUGAGCCCCCUUGAAGCUGGCCCCGCGCCGCCCCUGGGGCCUCGGCAGGGCCGUGCCCUUCCUUCCCGAUGGGGCCCCCUCGCUCGGUCCUCCGUGCUGGCUCCGUGAGCAAGAGCAGCAGGCGAGACGAUGAUGGAAGAAAGACCUAGAAACUUCUGGGAACAUAAACACUUUCACCUUUUUCUAUGCUCUGUAAAAGUCCUAUUUAACAGUUAUUUAAUAAAAUAUUUUUAGAAACCGAAAACGAA